CACAGCCACUGAUUUUAAUGUGUAUCUAUGUUCUGCUACUUUCUCUGUCCCAGCGUGACUCUUAAGCUCCUGCGGGGCGCCUUCUGAUCGAUGCUGAUCUGCGGGAUAAACCCGGUUUAUGUGUAGGAUUAAAGACUGAGCGUGUUGUGGGGGGUUAUGUCAGAGAGGACCUCUGAACUCAUGGAUUGUUUUGACGGAUCUUCCGGGCAGUUCAGGGACUUCACGAAGGGCGACUUUGAGGCUGACUGGAUUAAGGUGGCAGAAUGCAGAUUUGGUCAGGUGUACCAGGUCAAGCUCAAACUCUGGCGGGAAAAAUGUGCCCUGAAAAACUUUGACACAACCAUGUGUCCAAACAACUUUUACAGAAGAAUAAUAGACGAGGCGUCCAACAUCGUCAAAGUGAAAUUCAAAUACAUCAUGUCCAUCUACGGACUGUGUAGUGAAGCGACAGCUGUGGUGAUGGAGUACAUGAGCAAUGGAUCCCUUAACAAUCUCCUAGCCAGUCACACGUUGAUGUGGCCAAAGAAGUUCCAGAUGAUUCAUGAGGUCUCCAUGGGCAUGAAUUUCCUCCACAGCAUGAAACCUCCGCUACUUCAUCUUAACCUCAAGACGUCAAACAUCCUACUAGACGAUCAUCUCCAUGUCAAGAUUUCAGAUUUUGGUCUGAUCCACUGGGAAGAGGGAAUGAGCAAGAAGUCGUUCAUGGAGCAUCUGACAGCAAGAGGGAACAUAAGUUACAUUCCACCGGAGACCUUCAGUCAGUGCCCCGAUCCACCAGGAACUACGUUUGAUGUUUACAGCUUUGGAAUUGUGAUGUGGGAGAUUCUGACACAGCAGAAACCGUACGCAGGGUGCAGCGUGACCACAGUGCUCCUACAGGUAUCACAAGGGAAGAGACCCUGUACGGAGAUGAUACCUGAGGAGAAGCCCUGCGAGUGUGACCCCUUGAUCAGCCUCAUGCAGAAGUGUUGGGACCAGGAUCGCAGGAAGAGGCCACUGUUCUCAGACACUGUGAUAAAGACGGAGGCUCUGAGUGAAGUCCUGAAGAUCCCAGGACCAAUGCACUGUCACAGAAACGGCGAUAAGGAACAGACGUCUGAUUAUUCUUGGCUGGUUCCCCCGAUACAUGAGAUGACUUUGCCUGAGAUGUCUGACAUUCCCUCAGAUGACCAUAAUGCCACGUACGGCAUUCUCUCUCUUUUGUCCAAAAAGGACUUUGGCAGUUUCAGACAGUCUGUGAAGAAGGAGCAUGUGUGCACUCCGUUUUCAGGGGAAAAGAGCCUCCUCCACUACACGGUAGCCAGCGGAGAUGCCACGAGUGUUGAACACGUCCUAAAUCUGGAUGCUGAAGUGAACUGUACAACUGCCAGAGGUUACACGCCGCUUAUUAUUGCUGUUCUGUACAGGCUUCAUGACAUCAUCUCUCUACUUCUGAAUCAUGGGGCAUCAGCCACCCAGGGAGAUGAGGACCAGUGGACAGCUCUGCAUUUUGCUGCUCAGAACGGCGAUGAGAGAGCUGUACGUAUCCUUUUGGACAAAGGUGCUGUGGUGGAUGCCCAGGAAAAAACCGGCUGGAUGCCCCUCCAUCUGGCCUGCCAGAAUGGCCACGAAGAAGUGGCGCGCCUGCUGCUUUCACGGCUGUCGGAGGAAGCAGUCGGACAAAAGGAGGAAGCACGAGGGAAGACGGGGCUCCACCUAGCCUCCGCCUACGGACAUCUGAAUAUUGUCAAGCUCCUCCUCACAAAGGGAGCAGAUCCCAAUGUUAUAGAUGCCACUGAUUCCACUGCUCUUCACUUGUCGGCAGGGGAAGGCCAUAAUAGAGUGGUAAGACUGUUGCUGAAUGGUGGGGCGAGUACUGACAGUGUGGACAGCAAGGGGUACACUGCACUUCACCUGGCUGCUCUGAAGGGUCACACAGGCAUAUGCAGGCAGCUGUUGUCAAACGGAGCCAGCCCAGACUCCAGGACCCUCCAAGGCUGGACUCCCAUGCACCUGGCUGCCCUUAGGGGUCAUGAAGCUACCAUGGUCCAGCUGGAGAGUCAGGGUGGUUGUGUGAAUGUUACAGGUGAGAAUGGAUGGACUCCACUCCACCUCGCCUGUCACCAGAGCCAGUCGGAAAUGGUGGCAAAGCUUUUGGCGGCCAAAGCAGAGCCAAAUGUGACGGAGGACCGUGAAGGAUGGACACCACUACAUGCAGCCUGCAACAGUGUUAGUUUCCCAUGUGUACUCCACUUGAUGACACAUCAUGCAGAUGUCAAUGCUGUAAGCAAAGGAAAGACGACACCUUUACACCUGGCUGCCCAGCAUGGCUGUGUGCCGAUCGUAAAGGCUCUACUGCUGAACGGAGCAGACAGGACACUGCUGGAUUCUUCUGGGGCCACAGCUGAGGCUGUGGCUCAGAAAUGUGAAAAGGGGGAAAUAGUGCAGCUACUGGAAAAGGGAUGUUAACCAUGACUCUAGUGCUUGGUGAAGCAGUUUGAAUGGAAGGAUUACGGAACAACGAAAAACAUGAAUGACACAGCAGGAAUCUUAUCCUCAUUUUGAGAGGGGCUUUUACUAAGCUGGUUAAAGCAAGAUUGUGAAAACAUUUUUUUAUGUCUUAUCUUUAAAAAAAAUUGGAUAAUACAUUAUAACUAAAACACACAAAAGUUUUUGAAGCAUUUUAUUUGUCUAUUUCUCACAAUUACAUAUGUCAUAUGUCCCCUGAAUGUUUUUAUAUUUUCAAAUCAUUGUAUAACCAAAUCUUACAUUUUCUCUUGCUAUUUUUAUUUUGAAAAUGUAACUUUUUGGUGUAAGGCUACAACUUAGGUUACAACUAAAGUACCAUAUAAGUUCGUCCCAUUGAUUAGGCCAAAUCAGGAAUUUCUCUAUUUAUAAUACUAUUACAGUCUGUAAAAUACAACAAAAUGGCCGAUAUGCCACACAAAAGAGCAAUAGCGGAAAAAACGAAUAAAGAGCCACAACACAACAGCAAAAGUGACAACACAACGACCAAAGCCACAUCAGAACUACAAAAGCCACAACAGAAACACAACCACAACGCAAAUGAGCAACAACAGAUGUUGACGAUGAAAUGAGCAGAGUAACUUACUGCAGUCAAGUGAGCCGUCGUUUGUAAAAACUUGGACAAGCAAAUCGAGACUUAAAAUUUGAUGCUUGUCUAUUUGAAGUGUUACGAUACAGGUGCUUGGAGCAUCCAACAAGGAAGAGAACAAAGAAGUUGUAGUCGUGUUGUGGCGUUUGCAGUCAAUUCACUUGUGUAAGACUCUUCAGGGUGAGUCAACACAUGGGGUCAGAAUCAGGUGAAGUCGACUAUAAUGACAAAGCCAUAUUGAUUCUCCUCUUUGAAUCACCUUGAUUAAUGUGUCCUCGCCCCCUGAAGAGAAUGCUGCACCCACAUUUGGAUGAAAAUAAGAAUAUGAAAUCGCUGCUGUUAUAAUGAAAUAGAGAGAUGUAUUUGAUUUAACCUGUCAAACCUUCUGAAGGUAUUACGUGUCUAAUAAUAAGAUGAGAGAGCUGUCGGAUCGCUGUUACUGACAACACUGUAGUAACCAGGAUCUAUUGGACAUUCCCAAACUAUUAACUGCAUAUCCAGCGGGGCUCCUAUUGUGGGAAAGAGCUUUUAUGACAAGGCAAAAUAACUCUAACGAUCAGUCAUCGCCUGCAGACUGAUGGAGGCACUCUCCAGCUUGAGCCACGCUCAUUUACAACAGUGACACCUUAUUAAAGUGAAAUGGAAUGCAGGGAUUUAGGAGGUGUAUUGAUCUACAUGUUCACAGGGGUGCUCUCUGAAACCACAAGAGACUGAUUCUGAUGGAGGGGUGGGAGCUGAAUUAUAAAAUUAUAAUGACUUGGA